CUGCAACACCCUGAACUUUGUCCUGGAGCACAAUUUCCUUUACUAUAUUAGUUCUCUACAAACUUGGAGUUCAUCUAUACUUUACCAUCUUACAGGACUUUCUGCACAUUACUGAACCGUAUUACUUUAAACAGGAUUUAAGAUCUACGAAAAUGAUAAGUCGAAACACCAAAAAUAUCCUUGUGGUUUCUUUUGGAUUUUUGUUGUUAUUUACUGCAUAUGGAGGCUUGCAAAGUUUACAGAGCAGUCUGAAUUCAGAGGAUGGAAUGGGAGUUAUAUCUCUCAGCGUCUUAUAUGCAGCGAUUAUUCUCUCCUCAAUGUUUCUGCCUCCCAUAAUGAUCAAGAAUUUGGGCUGUAAAUGGACCAUCGUCCUUUCUAUGGGUUGUUAUGUGACAUAUUCUUUUGGAAACCUAAAGCCAGGCUGGGCGAGUCUAUUGAGUACAUCUGCCAUUUUGGGUUUGGGAGGUGCACCGCUGUGGUCUGCAAAAUGCACAUAUCUCACCAUAACUGGAAAUUUGGAAGGCCAGAAUAGCAACAAGAAAAGCCAGGAUAUCAUAAACCAAUACUUUGGAGUCUUUUUCUUCAUCUUUCAAUCGUCUGCAGUGUGGGGAAACCUCAUGUCAUCUCUUAUAUUCGGACAGGAUUCUAACAUCGCUGAAAUCCCUGAGGAGGAUCUGCAGUACUGCGGUGCUGCGUUAUGCUAUGAUAACUUUACCACCACUGGAAAUACAACACGGCCAGUAAAAAGCCUAGUGGACACAUUGGUGGGCAGUUAUAUUGCUGUGGGGCUCUUUGCCAUACUUUUCGUGGCAGUACUUCUGGACAACAUAGACCGAGAUCUAGCCAAAGACUUUCGUCAAAACAAAGGAAAUCAAUCCUUCUGCACCACCUUUCUGGCUACCUUUGCUCUCCUGAGAGAUCCAAAAUUAUUGAUGCUCAUUCCACUGACCAUGUACAGCGGGUUCGAGCAAAGUUUUAUGUCUGGUGAAUACACAAAGAACUAUGUGACCUGUGCUUUAGGGAUACACUAUGUUGGUUUUGUGAUGAUCUGCUUCGGGGCUACGAAUUCUGUCUGCUCGUUUGCUUUUGGACGACUGGCGGCGUACACUGGAAGGAUCGCUCUCUUUUGCUUGGCUGCAGCGACAAAUCUGGGCUGUUUACUGGGCCUGUUGUACUGGAGACCUCAUCCAGAUCAGCUGCCUGUGUUCUUUGUAAUUUCUGCUCUUUGGGGUAUGGCAGAUGCUGUGUGGCAAACACAAACCAAUGUACUGUAUGGGAUUCUCUUCUCUAAGAAUAAAGAAGCUGCAUUUGCAAACUACCGCAUGUGGGAAUCACUGGGAUUCGUCAUAGCAUUUGCAUACAGCACAUAUAUCUGCCUGUCUACCAAGAUUUACAUCGUUUUGGCUGUUCUGGCCCUUACCAUGGUAACUUACCUUUACGUUGAGUACAACGAGUACAAGCAUCCAACAGCACAAGUGAGUUACGACAUGCAUAAUCCAGAGAAGGAUGACCUAAAAGGCAUGAAUGAAAAAUAUGUUAUCACCCAGUCACAAUUAUAAAGGGUGUACACAAACUGUAUCCAUGUAUGUAAAAUGUUAAUGUUUUUAAGAGGUUAUUUUUGCAGUAUUUUUACUAACUCUUUUUUUACAAUAUGCAUAAUUCGUGUAAAUGAAAUGCACAAAUAAUUUCUUUUACUAUCAUUUUUU